AUGAGAUACAACGUUUUGGCCUUUAUGGCCCUCGUCAACGGCCUCGCUCAGGCCAAUCGUUUCGACUGGCAGAGCGAGUCCAAGGCUGAUGUUGCCAAGCAUGAGCAUAAGAACGCUGCCGACCCUGUCUUUAAGGUGGAGGUCAACAAGGGUCAACUUGAGUCUGGGAAAAUUAAGAAGCAGGGCGAGAAAGCCGAGGAAGAGGUCAAGAAGCUGGAGGAGAAGCUGCAGAAGAAAGAGGAUGAGCUUGAGCUCAAGGCUGCACAGGCUGGAGGGAACCGCCAUCACCACCACAGCCACUCCUCCUCAUACUCCCCUGAUCCUACCCACGACCCAGCCACAAAAACUACUGGAUAUCAUCGCCAUCAUUCAGGCCACCUCCAAAAGGGCCCCUACACGCUUGAUGGAGAGAAAUACGACUAUAUCCAUAAACCAAAGGUCCACUUCUACACCUCUUACACUACCCACGCACCUACUCUCAGUCCUGGAUGUGUCGGUGACAAGUGUUCUCGUAAGCCUUGUAAGGAAUGCCAUGGCAACUGGGCACAGCCUGGCUGCUGGCACUGCAAGGCCCAUGGAGCUACUGGUGAGGAGGUUGCUGAACAGGCAGCGAAAACUACGAAGCAUGCUCCUAAAGAAACCAAGGCCAAAGAGGAGGAGGAGGAGGUGGAGGAGAAGAAGAAGAAGAAGGAUCCUCACGCAAAGACAUACACGCAUGGAGACAAGACUGUCAUUGUUCCUAAGGAGACCAAGGCCCCUGAAGCUACUCGGCCUGAAGCUCCCCAGAUUGAACAACCUCAUACAGAGGGCCCUAAAGUCAUCGUCAUCGAGGAGCCCAAGAAGAAACCCAAGGGGGAGAAGAAGUCCGAAGAGGAGAAAGAGGAGAAAGAGAAGUACCACAAGGAGAAGCCUAAGCAUGAGUACCCCAAGGAGGAGCCAAAGCACAAGCACCACAAGGAGGAGCCCAAGAAGGAGGACAUCUGUGACAAGGUCCAUCACCAUGGUCAGCCUAGCAUCUGUGACAAGAUCAAGCAUCAGCACCACAAGGUUGAUGAGCCUAAGAAGGAGGACAUCUGUUCGAAGCCCAAGGGUUGCCAUCCCCAUCAGGCUCCCGCUCCCGCUCCUCAUCAUGAAGUAAAGCCUGCUCCUGCUCCUGCUCCUGCUCCUGCUCCUGCUCCUGCUCCCGCCCCUGCUCCUCACUAUGAAGUGAAGCCUGCUCCCGCUCCCGUCCCGGCUCCUCAUUACCCCGAGCAGAAGCAUGAGGUUCAGCCUGUCCCUGUCCCUGCUCCAGCCCCCCAACAGCCAGCUCCGGCUCCGGCUCCGGUCCCAGCCCCUGCUCAGCCUGAAGGAGCCAAGCCUGAAGAGGGCAAGCACGGCAAUGCUCCCUCAGUUCCUAUAACAGUGCCCAAGUCCGGAGCCACCUACAACCGCGUCUCUGUUGGCAUCGCCGUCUUUGCAGGUAUUGCCAGCAUGAUGCUUCUGUGA